AUGAUUUCUCGUGCUGCUACUAGGCCUGCCGUUGCUACGGCGCUUGCUGCUCGCAGCGCGUUCGUGCCUGUGGCUGGUUUCCACGCCAGCGCUGCGCCUCAGGCAUCUCUGCGUGAGCUGGAGGCCCGUCUGAAGAGUGUGAAGAACAUUGAAAAGAUCACCAAGUCGAUGAAGAUGAUUGCCUCGACUCGUCUGGGUCGUGCGCAGCGUGCGAUGAACGCUGCUGUCGCUUUCGGCGAUGCGAGCGACGAGGUGUUCAAGCAGGCUGAGGUCGAGACGCCUGAGGGUGGUCGUCAGCUCUUUGUGGUGGUGUCUUCGGACAAGGGUCUGUGUGGUGGUAUCCACUCCUCUGUCUCGAAGCGCACCCGUCUCGCUGUGAAUGAGCUGGUGCAGAACGGUGCCGAGGCCCCGAGCGUGGUGGUCCUAGGUGACAAGGCUAAGGCGCAGUUGAGCCGUGCCUUGCCCGACCACCUGGUGCUCUCGUUCAACCAGAUCGGAAAGUCGGUGCCUACUUACGAGGAUGCUCUGGCGAUUACUGACACGAUCCUGAAGAGCGGCAUUGAGUUUGACAAGGUGAACAUCAUUUACAACAAGUACGUCUCGUCGCUCUCGUUCGAGUCGACCAUUGCCCCGGUGUUCAGCGAGGAUGCUCUGCUCUCGGCUCCGAAGUUCAGCGUGUACGAGAUGGAGGAGAGCCUUGCGAAGGACUUUGCCGAGUUCUCGUUCACCAACGCCAUCUUCUCGAAGCUGGUCGAGGGUCACGCUUCGGAGAUCAACUCGAAGCGUAACGCCAUGGACAACGCUUCGAAGAACGCUGGUGACAUGAUUACUAACCUCAACCUGCUGUAUAACCGUGGUCGCCAGGCUACGAUUACGAACGAGCUUAUUGACAUUAUCACUGGUGCCUCGUCGCUGUAA